AUGGCGAUCGCAGUUGGGCCGCUGAGGGCUACGGGCGAUAACGCGGCGUAUGCCACGAAGGGCGACCUCGAGGAGCUGCGGGACCGCCGAUUACACGAGACCUGGCGGCAUAAGGCGAACGCAUCUCUCCUUCAACUAGACCUCAAAGGGGCCUUCGAUAGGGUACACCACGGAUGGCUCACAAGGACCCUUAGAGAGCUGGGGGUCCCGCUGUGGACCCUUAGAUGGGUCGAUUUGUUCACCGCUGGGAGGUCGGCAAAACUCUGGUUCGAUGGGACGAUGUCCGAAAGCUACGAGGUGGCCGCAGGGGUUCCGCAGGGGUCCCCCCUCUCCCCAAUCCUCUUUCUUCUAUUUAUCUCAACACUCUACAAGAGGCUCGAGGCAGUAAGGGGGGCAAUCGUGGUAGGGUUCGCAGACGACACCAAUAUCCUAGCCGUAGCGGAGACGACGGAGGGUACCUGCGGCAUCCUAGCGGAGGCCUGGGGACACUGUGCGGGCUGGGCAGCAGAGAGAGGUAUGGAAUUCGAGCCAGCGAAGAGCGAACUAAUCCACUUUUCGAGAGCAAGGGCCCCGAUCGAGAAGACCCUAACGAUCGAGGGGGUAGAGCUAAAACCAGUUGAGGAUGCUAGAUUCCUUGGGGUUUGGCUCGAUAGGAAGCUGAGGUACCGCGCACACCUCGCGGCGGUGAGGAAGAAGAUGAAGACCCAGAUCUGUGCCCUAACAAGGCUCGCCGCAAAGACGUGGGGGUGUACCUUUCGUGAGGGCGAGGGAGAUCUACUCGAAAGUGAUCCGCAGUGCGAUCGCGUAUGGAGCCCCAGCCUUCCACACCCCUACAGAGAAACCUAUUGCCCACCCAUCGACCUGUACCUCAACAAGAGGCUACUUGCCUUCGAGGAUCGGGUUAGGAUAUCAGAGGAGGCGAGGCUAAUCCGCCAGACCCCUGCCACAAUCGCUGCGACCCUGCGGCGGAGGCGCAGAAGGGGGAGAGGAAGACCUCGGCGGGAGAUAGCCGAUAUAGCAACGGCACCAGCGGAAAAGGGCUCAGGCGAAUGGAAGAAGAGGUGGGCACAGGAGUGGGACCCCCUCGAGUCAAGGCCGGAAAAGGAGGAGCUAGAGCCAGGGUCGACCGGCCCAGUACCAAACCACAAGAAACAGCUCGAGAGGUGGAUGGAGGAGGCAAUGAGAAGGGAGUGGAUUGGAAGAUGGGAGAGUGAGGUAGCUAGGGUGGUCGCUAGGAACCCGGGGCGGGCCCUCGAACCGGCCGAUGCGACCGCGCGGUUCGACGCCUCUAUCAUGAACCGACACCGGUCGAGGGACCCAGCCUGGGAGCCAUCGAAGGCGAAGAGUACCCUCCUAGUGCAAGCGAGGACCGGGAAGAUUGGGCUUCGAGGGUUCCUCUUUACUAGGAGGGUCCCCGAGGUGGUAACGCCGGGUAUGCCGCUGCGGUAUGGCGCGCGAGACAUUCGAACACCUCGUACUCGAAUGGAACGGAGCCGCAGAUAA